GGCCCUCGCCAGUCUUAGGAGUGCUGUUGCCGUGAGUGCUAUGCUGCGAGAUCCUUGAUGGAUUCUACGAUGCGAAGCAGUAAAGGGGGCAAGCCUUCCCUGAUUGCCAAAAGCCCUUCAAGCGAAAAGACCCUGCUCAGUUCUGCCGAUGGAACCUAUCGCGAGACAAAUCUCCUCCUGCUCAUAUCCAACCUGCAGGUCGUAUCCGGCCUGCUCAUGCUCGUCUUCGGUGUGUUGUGUGCCGUCUACGAUGUCAGCAUGUCGAGGCUGGGCGCCGGCCUGUGGGGCGGUAUGGUCUCGCUUCUCGCGGGAUCACUCGGCACCGCGGCCACUCUGAACACGUGCCUCUCGAGACGGUCUUCUUCCCUCUAUUUGACCCUUUAUCUCGCUCUGUGCCUCGUCUCCCUCGCCGUCAACACCCUCGUCAUCGUACUCACCCUUACAGCCUUGGUAAGGGAUGCCCGCCAAGAUUCAGACUUCCUCGCUGUCGAAGAUAGUGCAGGUCAUUGGGCUGGCCAGUGGUGCGGUAUCGGCCUUCUCGGUGCGACAAUUCUGCACCUGAUUUGCACCCUCGUCUCCAUCCCGAUGUCGUGCAAGAAGGCCUGCGUCUCCUAUGAAUCCCAACACGACCUCCAAGAUGCCAAGCACCACCUCGUCAGGACCUGGCUAGGAAGGCACAACCCGCCAUUCCUCACGCCGCACCAUCUCCUCGUGGAAGGAUCGACAGUCUACACGGUGCCAUACCCUCACAGCUUUACAUCAGUUCAUCCUCCCAGGCAGUACAAGCAGCGACCACACGUCUCUAGACCGCCAUCUCAGUCGACCGCGGAUCCUGUGAAGAAGAGCAGGAAGAAGACGAAGGAGGUGACAGACGAGGAAAUCGACAAGACGUACACAGGCCUCGACCGCGAGAUCGCCGAAGAAUUCAUCUCCAUCGCGAUGCAGCCGAAACCGCCCAGCUCUAGAAGCGAGUCAUCCAUCUCUCAAAUCAUCCCCUGAUGGCGUUUGCUGGAUUGGAUUGGUGUUCCACACGACAUGGAAGGACAGUACAAAAGACUGCGGCUGCUCAAUCGGCGACACGGCCCCGCUCAUCCACCCUGAGACCGUUCGCUUCGUUAAAACCCCUAGAAAGUUUGAAAUGCGGAUCAGAUCGUUUUUUCUCAAGUUCUACAAACAAGAUUCUUCUUCGAACGAUUGGAGAAAACGCAUGUUUUCCGUAUUUUUUCGUCUUUAUUUUUGUAUUGUACGAAAUCUACCGGCGUACGAUGGGAUAUAUAAAUGUACUCAAUUAAAACAACUAUCCGUUACAAAAUUACUACUAAAUACUAAAAACUAGCAGUUAAUAGGUUAUCUAACAUAAAAUAUUAAUUAUAGAGUUUGUAAGAUAGGAUUUUAUGUUUAUAUUGCCUGAUUAUUAUUAUUUACUUUGUAUAUUUUAUAACAUUUUUCUUUUCAAGAAAUCAUUUUUGCUCAUUUUUAAUGAAGUUAAUUGAGUUUAAUGUGAAGUUAUCAAUAGCCAUAUCGGAUCAUAGAUAAGGUCGUUUGGCGUUCUCCAUUACCUGUGAUUUGAUUGUUCUUAAGAAAUAAAAUUGUUGUAUUAAUUGUAAUUUAGUGUUUAAACAAAUAUUUUGAUAGUAGUUAAUUGA